AAGUUUGUGAAUGAAAUGCAAACUUUUCAAAUAUCGUGUCAAAUGUCGCGAUUCAGAGCUCCGAAAUGGACUCACAAUGAGUUACCAGUCAUUGAAAGCAAAAGAAUUACAUUUAAUAAUAGGAUCGGAAGUGAAAUGACACGAAUCGAGACAAUGUCUGUGUCCAACGCUAGUGUACAGGACUCAGGGUUUUAUCGUUGCAAUAGUUUUAGCCGUAGUUAUCAUCGCUUAGAUGUGAUCCCUUCUCAACCAACCGCCUCAACCAUUGAUGUCAUACCUAAACAACACCACAACUUUGAAGAGAUCAAAGAAGAAUAUUCUACUGUAGUUCUUAAGUGUGAUAUCAUAUCCAAAUCGGAUACUCAUGAGAUUUUUUGGUCUAAAAAUGGCCAAGGUAUUGUGAGCGAUGACAGGCGAACAAUACGUAAAUCGGGACUAACUAUAAGAAACGCGACGAGUAUUGUGGACGCCGGCGAAUACCUGUGCAGAGUUGACUCGUUGUCGGUUAGGGGCGGCUCUCAAUUCGGACAGAUUAUAUACCUUAGAGCACCGAUUCGUGUGAAACAAUUGCCAAACGCACAAAGUGUGAUGAAAGGCGUGAGACGGGUCAUCAAAUGCGAGUACACGGGUUAUCCAAUGGGCAAAAUUGUUUGGCUCAUCGGCAAUCAAAAAGUGACUUCAGAUUUAUUGCAAAGUCUGGGAAUAGAAAUGAAAUCUAAUGGUGACUCACAUCCGGACUCGGCUUUGAUUAUCAAGAAUACCACUGAAAAUAAUACCGAUUCUUACACUUGUAUUGUAAACAACGGAUUCAGUGAAGACGAGACAUCCGUUUUUCUUACAGUUAGA